AAUAAAAAGAAAAACUAUUUAAACAGUAAGCAACGGGUGGCCUAUCUUAAUGUCUUGAAUUUGUGACUGAACCCGUUCAAAUUGGGCAAACUAAAAAUUAGUUUUAUCGUUAUUAGUUAGAUACCUAGGUUUAGUGUGUUGCAUGCAGUAUGAAACAAAAAGCUGCAUUAUUUUUGGCUCUAUUAUUUGUUUUCUGGACCCCUGCAGCUGAAGCACAGCUUUAUGUAUUCGUAGGAAAAUUAAUUGAUUUUCUUUUAAACGCAUCAAGUAUACAAUCAGUUUUAUUUCCAUUAUAUCCCGAUCGACAAUUGGAAAUUACUUUCAAAAACAAAUUCGACUUCAUCAUAGUUGGAUCUGGACCAUCCGGAUCAGCAUUAGCCAGUAGACUGACGGAAAAUCCAAAUGUUAACGUUCUUCUGUUGGAAAAUGGAGAACAAGCUAGUAUAUUAACUGAAAUACCACUUAUAGCAGGUGCUUUCGGAAGUACUUUAUACCAAUGGGGGUAUUUGACGGAGCCUCAGCCUGGAUUUUGUAGAGGUUGUACUAACCACCAAAUUAAAUGGGAACACGGUAAUGCUUUGGGAGGCAGUACCAUUAUAAAUUAUAUGAUUUAUGUAAGGGGAAAUCGUAGAGACUAUGACAACUGGGCUGAUCAAGGAAAUCCUGGAUGGGGCUAUGAUGAUCUUUUGCCGUUAUUCAAGAAAAUUGAAGAUGUUCACGUUGCCAUUAAGGAUGACGCUUAUAGAGGCACUGGAGGACCCGUGACUGUGACUGAUGUUGCAUGGAGGACAAAAGUUUCCGGGGCUUACGUUCAAGCGGCUCAACAGGCUGGUUACAGUUACGUAGAUUAUAAUGGAAAGGAACAACUGGGGGUAUCUUAUGUACAAGCAACAACUAGAAAUGGUAGACGAGACAGUGCCGAAAAAGCCUACCUAAGACCAAUACGCAACAGAAAAAACCUUAAAAUACAAACAAAGUCCAAAGUUACCAAAGUUCUCAUUAAAGAUAACGCUGCUUACGGCGUUGAAUAUUCCCAUAAUGGAAUUAGACACAAAGUUUAUGCAACAAAGGAAGUUAUUUUGUCUGCAGGAGCUUUAAAUUCUCCUCAAUUACUUAUGUUGUCUGGAAUAGGACCAAAGGAAGAUCUAGAAGCUUUAGGUAUAAACGUAAUUAAAGACCUACCAGUGGGAAAGAAAAUGUACGAUCAUGCCACUUUCCCGGGUUUAGUUUACACACUAAACACAAGUGUUUCAAUAAAUACGAUCAAUGAAAUCUUGAAUCUGGCCAAUUAUCCAGGUUUCCUUUUAGGAAGAGGAUUUUUCACUUCUAUAGGUGGUGUAGAAGCUAUCAAUUACGUCCAUACAAACAUAACGGCCGGUUCAGAUCCUGAAUAUCCAGACAUGGAAUUAUUGAUUAUUGGAGGAUCUCUGGCAAAUGAUUAUGGAAUUGUUUUUAGAAAUAUGUUUAACGUACCACCUAAGAUUUACGAUAAACUAUUUAAACCUUUGGAGAACCAGUAUACAUACCAGUGUACUCCAGUAUUACUUCAUCCAAAAUCAUACGGUUCGAUAAAACUAAGGUCAAGCAAUCCGUUUGAUCAUCCGAAAUUUUAUGCUAACUUUUUUUCAGAUUCAGAAAAUGAGGAUAUUCGCAAGUUUAUUGUAGGUAUACGGGAGUUCCAAAGGGUUAACUCAAUGCCGGCUUUACAAAAAUUUGGUGCUCGUUUGGUCGAGACUCCAAUACCAGGUUGUGAAAAAGAAACAUUCAAUACGGACAAAUAUUGGGAAUGUGCUUUAAGAACAGUGAUAGCCAGUUAUUACCAUAUGGUAGCAACAUGCAAAAUGGGUCCUGAAACGGACAGCGAAGCAGUAGUCGAUAGUCAACUCAGGGUUUAUGGAAUAAAGAAAUUAAGAGUGGUUGAUACCAGUGUGAUACCUAUACCACCUUCGACGCAUAACAUGGCACCAGGUUAUCUUAUCGGGGAAAAAGGGGCUGUUAUACUUAAAAAGUUAUAUAAUAUCUAAAAUAUCAUAGUAGUCGGGGAGGUAGCGUCAAGUUUGACCAGAGUAUUUUAGCAUGGCUGUUUUUUUUAUUUAGUUAGGUGUUUUAAAGCUUAUUAACAAAUGAUGUGUCAGCUUGCCCAAAAUGGGGUCUUUUAGGCAAGAAAAGAUAAAAUAUGAAAGUAGAUGAAAAAACCUUACAACUUAUAUGUCAAAUAUUUAUCUCCAUGCAUUACAUCCAUAAUGGCCUAGUGGUUCGAAUACCUGGCUCCUGGCUUUCACCCAGGCGAGUCGGGUUCGGUUUUAAAAACCAAAAGGAUUUCCGACGCCGGGAAUCGAACCCGACUCGCCUGGGUGAAAGCCAGGAACCAAGUAUUCGAACCACUAGGCCAUUAUGGACGUAAUGCAUGGAGAUAAGUACUAUCUACCAAAAUAAAGUCAUAGAAUCCGUACUAAAAUCAUCGUAAAAGUUUGCCACUACCUCCUAGACUAUAGUUUAAGACAUUGAUGUUGUUGCCAUUUUAUGUAAAAGACGUGUAAAAUGACGUAAUAAAGAAGUGUAAAUAUAUUUUAUAUAAAAUUGA